AUGGAAAUCUUGCCUUCUGGCAACGCAGAAAUGCCGGAAGAGCACCAUAUCGUCAAGGCCGAUGAAGUCGAUCAGACUGGGACCGAUAUUUCACCAGUCUCCGAUGACCAGUUGAUGGAGGAGGUUGCGGAGGAAAUGCGACAAGAGCAAGCCCAAGAACAAGCUACUGAAGCAAUUCAGACGGUCGAAUCGAAUGAUAUUCAGCCCGAAAAGAACACCAAACGACCUGAACUGCGCCGAGACAACCCAAUAGCUCCUCCACCUCCGCUUCAGCCCCCUCCACCGGCCCCGGUACAGGAGAAUGCGGAACAACCCACGGAUUCCCUUAGCCUGGCCCAGUUGCGAAAACUUGUCCAGGACAUGCCAAAGGUGGAACAGCCGGCAUAUGCAUUUGAAUAUGCAGACUCGCAAGCAUUUCCGGAAGAGUUGAACGAGUGGUUCCAGUACAAUGAUUUCGACCGUGUUAUGUUGAAGGGUAUGAAGAUAACCUUCGAUCGCCAUUGGGCUACAUUUUGCCGAAACCAGAACUCAGGGACCCCGAAAUUGUCCUGGCUGGAUGCAUCUGACAAUAUGCGUCGGACUUUCAUAUCGCAGUCUCUCGACAAGCUCGAAUACCCUGAGACCUCAGUACGGCUAGACGCUUUGGAGAAUAUCUGUUACGCGGUUACCGGUGUCUGGGGCAUUACUGGUGGAAGACCGACGCCAGAAUAUCCCGCAGCACCGGACUCCAAGACUCUUAAAGAAUCACCACGGUUACAAUCGCUACAGAUCAAAUGGAUUGAAAAGAACGUUUCACUGAUUCAGCAGUGUGGAGGAAUUCCGUUGCUGGUGAAGAGGCUGUCCCAAUUGUUCGAUCGUAGCCGUCACUCACGGGGGCCUGAUGCAGACGGAUUGGAGUUUGAUCGACUUCACCCGGGCGAAAUCCCCGCAUCAGAACGUGAAGCCAACCUGGUGCUCACAUUGCUGUAUUUCUCAAUUGAGGUCGGUCGCAGAGAAGAGGCUCAAAACCCUCAAACUACCUCGAUCCGUGAUGCAUUAACCGAGUCCGACCUCUCCUUGCUGGUUACGAUUGUUGAAAUCAUCGCGCGGCUGCGAUGGGACGAAACCGCUAAUAUUCCUCUUACCCGCAUUAUUCUUCUGUUAUGGAAAUCUUUGCUUCUGGUAUUUGGUGGCAGUGCUCAAUUGAAGAAAGCCAAGGAGGUGUUGGAGCCAUCUUUGUCCUAUGAUGAUGAUUCCACGAACCGCCGAGGACCAUUCUUACAUGCAUCUCCCCUUGACUACCACGUUUUUCGUCAGGAGAUCACCUCAAAAUACCCCGCAUACAAUCCCCCACAACCCCUUGUUCCUCUAGAGCUGGACAACAAUUCUAUUCUGCCUCCUUUCCCACAGCAUCCUGCCAGAGCCAGCACCUCCAGUGGCUUGUUCUCUGGAGUCGGGCCGCCCAUCGCCGGCGGAAAUGGUUCUAUUCUUCAACAGGCUGUUCAUAUUGCAACUCCGGCACCAUCCCCACCUCCAUCACCAGGUGGGCCUGGAGGCAAAGGCGGCAAGAAGCAAAAUUACCAGACCAACCAAAACUUCCCGCUGAUGUACCCUCCUUUAGAUGACACCAGCAACAAAAUUGGUGGCAAAGGUACUACUGAACGGCAGGAUGUUCUGGUUGGAAAACGGUGGGACGGCAGCGAUGUUCCUGCAUCAAUCAUCGAGGCCGGCCGAUUGUUUUCUACUCAUGUCAAAAUGGCACGGUCAAUGAGACAGAUGUGGGAGGAGCGUGAGAAUUUUAUGAAAUAUGACCGAGGUUGGAACUUUGACACUGGCCACCGAAAAUUCGGCUGUGUAUCGCCCGAAGACCUACAGGAUGAUUUGGAUCGAUUAAACCUGUCCAACUCUGAAGCAUCUCAGGCCAAGAACUCCACGAACGAAACGGAUGAUCCGGAUAUUCAACGACGACUGGAUGCUGUAGAGAGCUUCUAUGCUCAAACACUAUCCAACCUCCAGUCGAUUACAAUUGUCUUCUUGAAGAUUAUUCUGACCAAUGUCAGUGCUGUGGUUAACCAGGCGAAUUCCCAACCUUCGCAGAGCAUGAGCAAUGGGCACAGUCUUGAUGGGUCAGCGGAGUUUUUCCCUGAUACUUCUGUCGACGAGCUUGAUAACAUUCGGCUGCGGGAGAUCACCUCCAAGGCUGUUUCGGGCACUUUGCUUCUUCUGGUGAAGUGGUUCAAACGAUCCCAUGUCAUGAAGUUUGAGUAUAUGACACAGCUCUUGCUGGAUUCAAACUAUUUGCCCUUGAUUCUGAAGAUGUUUGCUCAUCAAGAUGUGGACCAAACGGUGGCACAGAAGAAUGACCGUGAUGACCUAUCUUUCUUCCAUUUCUGCCGUGAGAAUGCCGAUCACCCAUCAGAUCUCGAGCCUGAUUGUGGAGACACCGAAAGCGAGGACGAAGCGGCGCCUCCACCAAUCUCCCGACGUCGCCCUAAUCUGUUCCGAGCAGACACCUCAGUGCGAAACCUUUCAACCGAGGAAAAUAUUACCGGAUUAGAUGGCCCUCCUCGACCGGAAGUCGACGAACUAGGCUACCCAACAGCGCCUCUCCCCAAGGAGCCUAUUACUGUGUUCUCAUUCCGCAACUUCUUCUCCGCCAUCAACUACCUCCACAUCAUGCAAAAGAUCACACGCGACAAAGCACAUCGCUGCCUACUUCUCGUGCAGUACAAAUCCAGCACAAUCUUACGAAAGGGUCUCAAAAUCCCUGACCCCUAUCUCCGAUUUUACACUCUCAAACUCUUCAAAUCACAAGUCCCGUACUGUGGCCGGAAAUGGCGCCAGAGUAACAUGCGCGUUAUCACCGCUAUCUACCUGUAUUGCAAGCCCGAGCUCCGGGAUGAUUGGCUUGCGGGCUCGGAUGUCGAAGGUGAUGUCGAAGUGGCGUUGCCAUUGGAACAGGCUCUUCGGGGACUAACACACUGGUGGCAUUUACGCAAGUACAAAGAUGUUAUGGGUGGUCCUGAAGGUACCGCCAUCAUGGAAGAGGAGAGAGAUUUCUUCGUUCGGGAAUUGGAGUCGAUGGGAUGGGGGUUUGCUGAUGAUGUGGUUGGUGAGGAUUCAGAUGUGAGUAACCCUAUGGUGAAUGGGACGGAGUGGGAUGGUGGACUGCAAACCGAGGGCUGGCCAUGA